CUGCCGGCUGAAGGAAACCAUUGCGAGCAGCGUCGGUGCACAAAAGCGUUUCAGUGCACGUCCUACUUGUGAAGCUCUACAGCAGGGCGAUUUUGCGCGUUCCCGUGACUCUCGCCAUAGAAAACAAAGCUGAACGUCUUCCAUAACAGCUAAGGGGUGCAGACUUGAGGAAUAUCCGAAUUUAUCCUGGACACAUCGUGCUGAAUAUGGAUUUACAGUGGGUGUAGCAUCGUUGGAGACCGAGCCUUGUCGGCCGGGGUUGACGGCAGGACAUUGAGCGAAACCGAACGAAAAUAACAUCAGUGUGUUUUUUUUUUCUCGGGGUGCUUUGUCUUGUCCACCUAACGAUAGCAAACCACCAUUCCCAUUUCAAUUGCAAGGUCUCCAGCUAGUGAUCACUAGCUGCCGCCGGGAUGUAUCAUCAUGUUGUCACCUAAAAGAAACUGCUAGGACGUCGGGAUUGUGAAGGAUAAGCAGAAAACCGCUCCGAGGUCCUGACGGGUUGUCACCGGGACCUGAAUCUGUGUUAGCCACAGUCGCGGAACCCACUGUUUUCGGCGAUAUGGCGGAGCAGGGCUACUCAUCUUGGGCGUACUCCCUAGUUGACUCCAGCCAGGUGUCCACCUUCCUCAUCUCCAUCCUUCUCAUCGUCUAUGGCAGCUUCAGGUCAUUAAACAUGGACUGUGAGAACCAGGAGAAGGAUAAAGAUGGCAACCCCACAACAACAGGGUCUUUCAAUAACAGCAACACAAACAACAGUGAGUGUUGUAUGAGUAUUCAGACCAUAGACUCCACACAGGCCCUGUUCCUGCCCAUAGGAGCCUCAGUGUCCUUGCUAGUCAUGUUCUUCUUCUUUGACUCGGUACAGGUGGUCUUCACCAUCUGCACUGCAGUUCUUGCAACAAUCGCAUUUGCAUUCCUCUUGUUGCCAAUGUGCCAGUAUCUGACCAGACCCUGCUCCCCACAGAACAAAAUUUCCUUCGGCUGCUGUGGGCGUUUCACUCUGGCUGAGCUCCUGUCCUUCUCCCUCUCCGUCAUGUUGGUGCUCAUCUGGGUGCUGACUGGACACUGGCUUCUCAUGGAUGCUUUAGCCAUGGGCUUGUGCGUCGCCAUGAUAGCCUUCGUUCGGCUUCCCAGUCUGAAGGUGUCUUGCCUGCUGCUGUCAGGACUGCUCAUUUAUGACGUGUUCUGGGUGUUCUUCUCAGCCUACAUUUUCAAUAGUAAUGUGAUGGUCAAAGUUGCCACCCAACCUGCUGAAAAUCCCAUUGACGUUCUGUCCCGGAAGCUACACUUGGGGCCGGGGAUGGGCCGCGACGUCCCCCGCUUGUCCUUACCGGGCAAACUGGUCUUUCCCAGCUCCACAGGAAGUCACUUCUCGAUGCUGGGGAUCGGAGACAUCGUGAUGCCGGGGCUGCUGUUGUGCUUCGUCCUCCGCUAUGAUAACUACAAGAAGCAAGCAAAUGGGGAAGUCCCGGGGCCUGGUAACAUGUCCGGACGCAUGCAGCGCGUCUCCUAUUUCCACUGCACUCUCAUUGGAUACUUUGUGGGACUGCUGACCGCCACCGUGGCCUCCAGGAUCCAUCGUGCUGCUCAGCCCGCUCUGCUCUACCUGGUGCCCUUCACCCUGCUGCCUCUGCUCACUAUGGCCUACCUGAAGGGGGAUUUGCGGCGCAUGUGGUCAGAGCCCUUCCACACCAAGACCAGCAGCUCCCGCUUCCUGGAGGUAUGAUGCAACCCGGGACAAACGACCAGCGCGGGGAGGACUGCGGAUCCUUUACCUUAAAUUCGAGGGAAGGAGAGAGGGCGCACUCACAGUGAGGCCAUGUCGUCAUCACUCGUUCAUGCUUUCCGCCAAUCUUCUGUGAAAACCCUCAGAAGGACACCAGUGUGUGGAUCACAAACGCCCCAACACGACUCAUCUUUGGUCCCUACAUCCUCCGCCCCCACCUCUGUUUCAUCUCCGCUUCCGCUUUUCUGUUUAUUUCCUCUUCAUUAUAGCACAUCCUGCCUAUGCUGUUUUUACUCUGCCCCCCCACCCCCACCCCGCUCCCUCUCUUUUGCCUCCCUCUAUAGUUGCCACUUCCCUCCCAUUCGUCGGGCCUCUUCUCUUUGCGUUUUCCUUCAUUUUCUCUGCAUCGCUGUUUGUCACCAACUCAGAUGAACUCGAGGGCCACGCCUCUCCCCCCAUUUUGUGGACUUAGGGUUGUGAGACAUGGCUGGGGUUUAUAUAUAUUUUUUUAGCAUUGUCGUGGUCGUUAUUAUUAUUAUUAAUAUUAUUAUUAUUAAUAUUAUUAUUAUUAUUAUUAUUAUUAUUAUUAUGGAACGAUUUCAACAAACGGAGAAGAGGCGGAGGACACAGGACAGUGCUCGGGAGCAGCGACACAGUAAAGGAGAAGAGUCUUCCCCCUCCAUCCGUCUCCCCUCCUCCUCCCCCACUACCCUCUUCUUCUUCUUCUUCUUCUUCUUCAUCUGUCCCAUCAUCCCACAACAGCGGCCUCUUCCCGGCACUCCCUCCGACACUCCCUGCGAGCCCCACCCUCCUCCUUCUCUGUUCAUCUGCUGUCCCCACCCUCACAGAUAACUAUGUAUUUUAUUUAGAAAAGUUUUAUUCUUGGCAUAUACAGAAAUGAUGCAUUAUAAAUUGUUAAGCGUCCCCCAGUGUUUCAGGGGCCGCUUAUAUUUGUAUAUAUGUGUAUUUGCGGUAUCUUUGAGUUUGUAUUUGUGUUCGGGAGCAUGUCGAAUAGGGCGGGAAACUGACGCCAGCCGACAGCCGAGUUUUGGUGAAUUGCGGCUGCCAGUUGAGUUGAGUCGACUGGUGAGCGUCCAUCAUUCAGAGGUCGUUUUCUACAGGACUUGUGUAAUAGAAACAUUGCUGAUAGAUUUAUUUGGGGGGUGGGGGGGGGAGACAUCUGCAUCGGUGGCUGGUCGAUGAAAGUUUCCUGCUCUAGUGUUAAUGUGUGUGAGUGUGUUUCUGUGUGUAUGUGUGUGCGAGAGAGAGAGCGAAUCAGACGAGUGAACGGUUACUUUGCUCGGUUUUAAUUUUAAAUCAUGAACAUGUUGAAGAAACGGUGACAAUAGUCAGGUUUCCAUUGAGCUGGAUCAUGAACACAUGACAUGUCUAAUGUUUGUGUCUAACUUGUAAAGAUUUCCAGAAAACCCAACCGAGGGUCAGUUUUCUUUUUAUCGUCUCUCUGUGGACAGGUGGAAAUGUAAACAGUGUUUUCUUUUUUUCAAAUAAAUGAAUGUUGAAUUAAUUUUAAGGAAUGCCAUGUUACUUUUCAUCUUGACAGCACAUCACAACACGCAUCCUGCUGAUUUUUCUACUGAGUUUCUCUCACGCACAUCCCAAAUUGCCACGUAUUUAUGGCCAUAAAAACACUUAAAAGCAUCUUUUCCAGCUUUCACAUGUCUAUAAAUGUCCGAGCAUGAUGAUAUCAAAUCAGUUUUUUCUACAUUUUUGACAAAAGACGAGUCAGUGGAGCAGCAGCAGCAGCACAACGGCACAUCUCAUCUGAACUUUGUAAAUGUCAGUGUUUCACCUCAGUCGAUGAAGGCCUGACUAUUGCGAGACGAGGGGUCGGUGUGAUGAUGAAGAUGUACUGUGGUUAGAUUCAUACAUAGUUACUGAUAAAGGGGUUCUCUGGGUGGAUGGUUAAGUGUGUGUGAGUGUGUGUGCCUGAUCCAAUAACAUGAUGAAGUCUGUUUGGACCUAGGGGAAGGGUGAGGUUAUCAGUUAUCAGAUAUGGAAAAUGGAAAUUAAGAAAAUUAACCCAUAGGACGUUCCUGCUGUCAACAUCUGGUCCCCGACCGUCUCUUUUCUUUCUGUCCUCCCACUUUUUUUUUUGUGGUGCUUGUCAGUUUAAUAUCUAAUGUAUACUGAAAAACGUGUGAGUGAGUUGGAGAGGCGUAGGGGCGUACGCAGUUUGCUGGCUUUUUUGUUUUGUUUUUUUUUUACUUUUUUAUGCUCUCUGGCCGUGCAUGUUAAGUGUACAGUGUAUCAUUUCUCAGACUGCAUCAACAGGGCUGCUGCAGUUUGGAGUCUCUGCUGGCCCACACCGAGGCACUGGACCUACAAAUGAGCUCGCCUACGCAGAGCAGCGUCAGUGGGUGGGAUACAAAAAAAAAAAACAGACUGCAGGUCAGAAAGACUGCGAUUGGUCAGCUCUGACUGAUAUCACGACCUGACCGCUGUCGGGUUGGGGCGUCCGACCUGCUGCUCUGUGCGGUCGUCUAAACUCGGGACAUCGAGGAGCCACAAACCCCCUUUCACCUCUUCAUGGACAUGGCGAGAAAAUAUAUAGAUUUAUAUACAUAUAUAUAUAUAUAAAUAUAUGUGUGUAUAUAUACAGACAUAAAUAAUUGAUGAUGAUCAUGGUGAUAACAACAGAAGAGUUUUUUAUAUAGAAAAUGGAUUUCUUUUUACUCCCCUUUGUUUUGUUUUUUUGUUUUUUUUUCAUGUUUUCUCUUCGUAGUGUUUUAGUUGUUUUGUUUUUUUCUUGUUUCGUUUUUUUUUUUUUUUCUCUCCCCAUCUUCUCCCCUCCGGCAGAGGACUCGAGCUCUGUUGGUGCAUUGAUAUUACGGCUGAAUGGAUUCUGUAUAGAAAAAUGGUGAAUAAAUAAAUUAAGAACUGUGUAGUGAAAACAUGAAUCCUGAAGCGCUUGAUCUAAAACACUUUGUCUCCUUUUAACCUCUGCCCUCUGCCCUCCCCCCUCCUUCCCCUCCUCAUUCAGGAUUCUGCUGUAAAUAAACAUGACUCUAACUGUA